CCCUAUUUCCUGUCACAUGGGUUGGAAAUAGGAUCCCUGCUUUCUACUAUCUGUUCCCGUCUUUGUGGUGUCAGUGUAGUAGUGGCUGUAGGACCUGCCUUGAAGUUCAGGGACUUUUAACGCCGGCCAAAGAGCGACUCCUGCACAGACCCGGACAGUCAGUCAGUCCGUCAGUCCACCAGCCCCGCCGGUCUGCGCAUCCGUCCGUCUGGCUGCAUUUCACCUGAGAGCCAGUUCAGACUCUUUAAUCACACGAUGGAUUCCUGGACAGUCACCUCUGCUCUUCUUCUUCUCGCUGGGGUUAUUUCUUCUGCGGCUUUUAGUGUUUUCGACACCGAGUGUUACACUGCCAACGGAGAGGACUACAGGGGCUUCCAGAACCAGACCAGCCUGCAUGGUGGUAAACCCUGCCUCUUCUGGAAUGAGACGUUCCAGCACCCUUACAACACCCUCAAAUACCCCAAUGGAGAGGGUGGUUUGGGCAGCCACAACUACUGCAGGAAUCCUGAUGGGGACGUUCAGCCGUGGUGCUACAUUGCAGACCAUGAAGACGGCAUCUACUGGAGAUACUGCGACAUCCCUACAUGCCAGAUGCCUGGGAACUUGGGCUGCUUCAAAGACAGCGGAGACCCGCCCACUCUGUCCGGCAGCAGCGAGACCUCCAACAAACUCACCAUCCAGAACUGCAUUAGCUUCUGUAGGAAGCAGAGAUACAAGCUUGCCGGCAUGGAGUCAGGAUAUGCCUGUUUCUGUGGCAACGAAGUUGACCAGCCUGACCACGGCGAGUCGCCUAGCAUGGAGUGUAACCAUGUUUGCUUCGGCGACCACACCCAGCCCUGCGGUGGAGACGGCUGGGUCAUCAUCUUCGACACCCGAGUCGGAGCCUGCGGAGGAAACUACUCCGCUCCAUCAGGAGUAAUCUACUCACCUGACUUUCCUGACAAGUACGGAGCUGGCCGUGUUUGCUACUGGACUGUUCAGGUUCCUGGAGCCUACGCCAUCCUCUUCAACUUCACCUUCUUUGAGAUCUCCGACCAGACCGACAUGGUGGAGCUACUGGACGGCUACAGCAACCAGGUGGUGGCACGCUUCGACUGGCGCAGCCCUCCGAGGGAGCUGGUGAAUGUCACCGGGGACUUUGUCAUACUGUACUUCUACUCAGACCGCACCAACCAGGCCCAGGGAUUUGCUCUGCUUUACCAAGCACUGAGAAGCCAAGACACCAGAACAAUGGAGGCUGAAGGAGAUGAGGAGGAUGAAGGAGAGGGCGUCUCCAGCACGGCGGGGCCCCAGGUAGCUGGUGGCGUCACCGAGAGAUCCAACAGCACUUCUAACGGACGCUCCACCCAAAUCCUCUACGUGAUCACGUCCAGCCCCGGUAAACCGGAGCACAACAUGCCAGGUCAGUGGGCUGGACGCGGCGAGACCACCGGCCACAGCGCUAUGUGGACCAUUUACGCUCUGGCUGCUCUCCUCAUCCUGACAGUCAUAGCCAUGGUGGCGAAGCUGCUGCUGCAUAUCACGGUCAAGUCCCCAAACAUCCCAACAGUCAGUGGUUCAGACAGCUGCAGCCAGAGCACGGCAUCCUCUGAGCCUUGGAUCAUCCUCUACCGACCCUCCACCAUCUCCCUCUUCAAGAAGAAGCUAAAGAACCACCACGGCGACCUCAGCCCCCUGGUGGGCAACUAGCGCCACUGUCGCGCUCCACCGUUAACCAAAUGCUACCACCACCCACCACCACUCUGUACAAGGGCCGUCAGAUGCCAGGCCCUCAGACAAUGAAACUAUACGAGGCGCUACGCCAACAAGCCAACAACUGAGUGGCUAAUGACAACUGACUGAGUGACUGCUACUAAACGGCCCGUGGGCCAAAGUGGCCGGGCCCUCCCAUCCUGCCCAGCACCAAAGAAGAGGUGGACAGGCAGGGCUGUCAGUGACCUCAAUGUGGGAAAGGAGGGCAAAGGAGUACAGUAGAUGGAGGACAAUCUGCAGCUCUGACAAAGAUACAAGGACGCUUUUAACAUGCGGGAAGCUUCUCUGCUUCAGCGAGGCUCUUUUUCCAUCACCCACGGUCGUCCCUAACAAUCAACAUACCUCCAAAAACCCUCCAGACUGCAGGCUCACCAGUGAAAACACAACCUAGCCCGGUGCAGAUUAAUGGCUAACUUCACUGUCUGUGUUCAGUUUAGGAAACAGGGAGGCUUACCUCUUCCUGGUGCUUCAGAAUCACAGCGGCAGCCAAAUCUUCAUCAGUACCAAGGAGAGGAUGAGGAAAUGGAUACACACACACAUAUGGUGUAACACUUAACAGCUUAACAGUUUUGUAGAACUCUUCUAACUGCCUCACGUGGACGACAAACACUUGCAGCCAAAAACCAGAAUCCUCCCAUCCAAAGAGUUAUAUAUUUAUUUGUCUUUUUGAUUCCAUAUGCAAAGUGCUAAUGUUUCUUUUGAUGUGUUUUACGUGAUAACGAGCUUUCUGAGGAGCGGGAACCGGGACGCGGAGCCGUCACACACAAGGUAGAUAUCAGAGCACUUUGGGGAUGAAUCACUCUCCGUAACACGAAAAGAUCAGAGAGACAGAGAGACAGAGAGAGCGUGCGCUCGCCCACGCGUUCACUUGGUGUUCAUGUGGAUUUGGGUGGAGAGAUAAGUAGCGUCAUUCACUUGGGAGGUUGGGUGGUGCAGUUUGCAGACAAACUGCCAUUUAGGGAGGCUUGGGAAGAUCUGAGGGCUUUUUCUGCUCGGGUGUGGGUGGGAGUCUUUCCGGUUUGAUGGUGUUCAAGUGCCUUAAGGAUCUCCUCUUCGUUUGUCUCAGAUGCAUCACAUCUGUUUCUUUCACGGGGUCCCUCACAAGAGUCUGCAUUUCUUUAAAAUUAGCGUGGAUGUGAGUUUCAUUCCAAAAUAGGAUUUCCACCACUUAGAUGUAAUGUAAAAAAAUGAUGCCACAUCUUGUACAGUGAUUGAAAGCAUUUCAUAUUCGUCUUUUUAGUACACGCAACUGAACACCUCUCCAGACUGGAUCUUUUACAUUUUUAUUACAUGAUGGACAUUAGAUGAUUUUUUUGUUUUGUUCUCCAAAAUGAACACAUAGCCUUUUGGGACAGAGUAACGGACAAGGCUUUAAAAGACAUUUUUGUUUCUAAUUUCUGUGUGUGCUCUUAUGUGUCGUCUUGGACAUUUACUGAACAUAUUGUUCACAUUAAGUUGUCUUUUGAUUACAGGGGGGAUGAAUAUUGUUGUAUAUUAUGUAAUUCAGUGUGGGAAUGAUGAUAUUUAUGUCCACUCUUUCAUUUUGUGUUUCAGCAAAGCAUUUGAGAAACCUGUUAAAGCACUUCCUUGUCAACUUAAAGGGUAAUUUUGGUAACUUUCAACCUGGACCUUAUUUUCCCAUGUUUCUGAGUCUACGUGACUAAUGGAGAUGAGUAAUUUUAGAACAGGUCCAGUAUGGAAAGGGAGUGCUGUCGAUGGCAGAAGCAAAACAGGCUGCAAUGUAAGCAUUCAGGGCAACUGUGCACCAAUCAAUUAUGUCCACUAAAAGAGUUUGUUUUUUGCUGCAGGCUCAGAUUGUAAUUAUACGUGUGAUAACAGAGAAACAUUUUCGCUUGAACCAUUCUGUUUGUUAUUGUGUUUAACCAAGUCUCCCUGGAGGAGAAGUCUCGUUCUGUAAUCUCCUGAGAGAUGACUCGUUACAGGAAAAACAAUGGUUAAAACUUUAAAGUCUGUGUCCGUCCAGGCAGCGCUCGAACUUACCAAAUUAGUCGGCAACAAGUUUUAGAGAGACUUAAGUAAGAGAUAUAAAAAAAGAGAAGUAACGACCGUAACAUUUUCACUGGCCUCCCUGUUGCUUUCUACUGUUUGCUAACCUGUUUUCCAGCCCGUCUGUGUAGUCUGUCACACAUUAGAAGGAAAUAAAAAGCAAAAACACACAGAAAGACACUGGCAUGGGAAAAGAGUCUAUUGCCCAUAUUUAGCAGGUUUUCCCGUGUUUAAAAAACUCGCAUACACACGCUAUAUUUGGUUGAUGAAAGGGUAUUAGUGUUAUCUCAAUGAUUUUCUAAAUAUUCAUGGCUGAGUUUUUAGCUUAUUUCGACAAUCUGAAAAUGUCAGCGAGAUUUCAGGAAGUGGCUUCUCCUUGAGCGAGACUCUUAGGAUGCAUUCACACUGGCUCUAUUUAGUCCGCUUUAAACAAACCCUGGUCCACUUCCAAGGAUAGUUCGGUUCGUUUGGAGUGGUGUGAACGCUCAUUCAAACUCUGGUGAAAUGCAAACAGACUAUCCAGCGAACCAAAGAGAGAGCGUAGAGUGCAGUGCAUUUAAAAAACAAAGCCAACAGCGCAAACCAGGAGAAGCAGAGGUAAAAAAAACACAUUCAUUCAUUCAUCUUCUAACGGCUUCAUCCUCUUGAGGGUCGAGGGGGGGCUGGAGCCUAUCCCAGCUGACAUUGGGCGAGAGGCAGGGUACACCCUGGACAGGUCACCAGACUAUCACAGGGCUGACACAUAGAGACAGACAACCAUUCACACUCACAUUCACACCUACGGACAAUUUAGAGUCACCAGUUAACCUGCAUGUCUCUGGACUGUGGGAGGAAGCUGGAGUGCCUGGAGAGAACCCACGUUGACACAGGGAGAACAUGCAAACUCUGCACAGAGGGGCUGCCACACCCGGGAUCGAACCGGCAACCCUCUUGCUGUGAGGCGACAGUGCUAACCACCAAAAACAAUUAAGUAAAAAAAACCAGAAACCCCAAGACUGCAUAAAAUUGGUGUUGCUCCAUUGUUUCUGUGGCGACCAAGCCGGCUGAAGGGAUGGAUUUCCGUUUUUAGUCCUGACUAAUCGAUAAGCCGGGUUUUCUUCUUCCUCAUGUUUUUUUUCUUCCUGGUCAGUGGUCGUUUCGGGUAAUACCACCCCAAACGAGCGUUGUCCAGGAGGUUUGGUCCGCUUUAAAAAGUGCAGUGUGAAAGUGAACCCAACCAAAUGAAGGUGUCAAAUGUUUCAGCAUUCCCCGCCCAAUCGAAUCGAGUCCCCCGAGUAUCCUGGUGUGAAUGCGCCCUUACACACAAUAACAAACAGACUGGAUCAUGCAAAAGGAAAACAAGUAAAGAAAAAUGUUGAAUUCCUCUGAAAGAUCAUCCAAUAAUGUUGUCGGACACUUUGAAUAACAAUCUGAGCCUGUCAGUGGCAAAAAAGCUCUUUGAUGGAUGUAAAUUGACGAUGCUAAAUGCCCUGAGUGGCUGUUUUGCCGCUGUCAGCUGCAGCGCUCUCUCUUAUUUAAAAAAUAGUUGAACACUCAGACACCAAAACAUUGUAAAACAGGGUCCAGGUUGGCAAUACCAGACUUUCCCUUUAAGGUGGAAUGCAUUUUUUCCUUGGACAGCAGUAAAUUGCCUAAAUUCUAUAAGACGCUGCAGACCUGGGAGCUUUUACUUGUCACUUUGAUUUCGGGCCAAAAGGUCGAGCGCAAACAAUAUACCCAGACAGAAAUAUAACCAGAAGCACUCAAUGGCACUAUGCACAACCUGACAGCAGGUUUGCAGCUGUGACGGUUUUCUGUGCAUUGCUGUGACAUUUAAACUACUUGUAAAAGGUCAAAAUCUACUCGUUCGCCAUUGGCAUAGUAAUUGGGCUUUCCUGUCUUGGGACGAGAUGUUUCUUCAGAUGGUCAACCCCAAAAAAUUCGUCUAAUCGCUGUCAGGAUUAAUAAAGGAGAGGUUCAAAACGUCAGUGCACUUGAUGAAAUAGUACUUAUUCACUUUUGCAUUCAGUUUCAGUGAAAAAAAAAAAAACAUACUUUGUGCAGCAACCUGAGCACUUGAGACAAAAGGUUAUAUUUUACACAUGACGCAGCAUCAUAGUGACAUUCAAGUUAAAGGGUUUAGAGUUUUCCAAGAAUCAGACUGAAUUUAAGGCUUUUAAAAAAAGAUAGAGAGCCUUUCUUUCCCACUCAGAAGUUUGUAAAAAAAAAAGUGACUCUUUGCUAUAUUCUGCCUGUCUGCUCAACUGUAACUCAUGUUAAUUAUUGCAAGACAAGAGCACAUGCCCCUGGGUCUGUGAUGUUCAGAGGAGACCAUGCGUAGAGGGAGGGAGGGAGGGGAAUAAAGAGCAGAGAUGUGAGAGCGAUGGGAAAUUAAUGUGCGUUCAAAUCAAACACAAGCUAACAAAAUCUGACAGUUAAAAUCUAACAAGGGCAUAUUUGUUUGGAUAGCCUGGUGAAUUAUGCAAACUCCCAUUUUCUGUCCCGUCCUCCAGUCAAUCGGAAAAUUCCACGCUAUCUUCUGAGCGGUGGAAACUGUCUUUCCCCAAACUGUCGUUGAUGUGAAUGUCCUGUAGUGCUCCAUGACGUGAAAACACCAGGAGCCCUGUGGGAAAUGAUCUGGAGGGGCCCAAACACAUUGUUUUCACGAAAUUGUAAAUAGCAAAAAAAAGAAAAAAAAAUAGUGAAAUGUUUAAUUUAUACAGUAAAUUAUUGUUAUUUUGUAUGUGAAUGGGAUAUAAUCUAUCUUUUGUAUAAGUGAAGUAUCUUUGUAGUUUUAUUUAAUGUGUCCUGGUUGCAAAAUAAACACUGUAUGCAUGUUUCUUAAGCUCGUGUUGUGCUUGUUCUUUUGUUUUGUUCCAUCCUCUUAAUAAAACGCCAUUAAUUCCAUAAU